AAGUGUUUCAAAAUAAAAAAUAUUAUCAACUUGAUCUUGUGGUAAACUUGCGGUGAGGAAUCGGACUACGCAUAACCUUUUUGUCAAGAUACGAGGAAAGACUGUUAACAGAUCGAAGAUUAUUGACUGAUUUAAAAAGGACCAGAUGUAUAACAAGAAUUUUAGCAAUGUUGAAGUGGUGUGGAAGCCAAGUGGGAAUUAUGGAGAAGAAAUGAAGGAAUUCAAGAAAAAAAUAGAGGACAAGUAUAAUGUCACAUUAAAAGACUACUGGGAUUUGCAUAAAUGGUCUGUUGAAAACCUUCCGGAAUUCUGGGCGGAAUUCUGGCAUACUUGUAAAGUUAUACAUUCAAAACCAUUUGAUAAGGUGAUUGAUCUGAGCAUACCGAUGGAGGAUUCACCUCCUUGGUUCGAGGGAGCAAGGCUUAACUUUGCAGAAAAUCUCUUGAGGUUCCGAGAUGAUCACAUAGCUUUGAUAUCAACAGGUGAGGAAAGUGGAGUGACAAGGACUACAUAUGCUGAAAUGUAUGAAGAGGCCACAUUAUAUGCUGCAGCUCUCCGGAAGUUUGGAUUGAAAAAGGGAGAUAUUGCGGCUUGCUACAUGUCUAAUAGAAAAGAAGCAGUUUUCUCCAUGCUUGGUGUGACGAGCAUCGGAGCUAUUUUUACAGGAGCUUUGCCGCAGUUAGGGGCUCAGGCAGUCAUCAAUCGUUUCAGGUUGGUAAAGCCUAGGAUACUUUUCACAAUGGACAGGUAUCAACAUAAUAAGGAAGAAAUUGAAAUGCUAUCAAAAUUAGUACGGAUAUCUGAAGAAAUGUCGUGUCUAGAAAAAAUCGUUAUAGUACCUUCUAAGGAAGAAUCGAAAUUGAAAGAUAUAAGCAGAAUUAAGAACAGUUGUUUCCUAGAAGAAUUUCUGGAAUCUGGAAAAGAAGUUGAUGACUCUGUUGAACCUAUAACUUUUGAACAAGUACCUUUUUCUCACCCUGUGUUCAUUAACUACACAUCGGGUACUACUGGCUUACCCAAGGCUUUAAUUAAUAAUGGAGGGCUUGUUUUGACUAUCGCCAGAGACAUGUGUUUGUACGGUAAAGAAGACAGAAAUCGAGUACUGCUUUCGAUUUCACCGGUUGGAUGGGUUUCAUGGAACAUGAUCGCAAGCUUACAUUUCUUAGGUUACACAAUCGUUUUAUUUGAAGGUUAUCCCUAUUUUCUCACCCCAACGUCUUUAUGGGAUAUGAUAGAAGAAUUAAAAAUAACCAACUUAAUGCUCACACCCAGUAUACUUGACGAUUUGGAAAAGAAAGGAUACCUACCAACGAAAAAGCAUAGUUUGGAUUCGUUGCAGACAAUUGCCAGUGGUGGAAGUGUUGUGAGGCCACAAAACUUUGACUUCGUUUACAACAAAAUAAAAAAGGAUGUAGUUUUUGCUGCAGUAUAUGCCUGUACAGAGUUAAUGGGAGCUGCCAUGGGAUAUGAUUACUCUUUACCUAUUUAUAAAGCAGAAAUUGCAACUCCUUCUUUGGGUGUAGCUAUCGAAUGCGUAAACGAAAAAGGUCAACCCGUAGUAGGGGAGCCUGGUAAACUGGUAUUAGCAAAACCACUGCCUUCCUUGGCAAUGGGUUUGUGGGGAGAUGAUGAUGGAACAGUAUUUAAGAAAUCAUAUUUCUCAGAAUUCCCAGGAAAGUUCUCAAUAGGAGAUUCGGCUAUUAUCAAUCCAGUAACGAAAGGAUACAUUGUUUGCGGAAGAAGCGAUGCUACCUUAAAACAAAGAGGAUGUCGAUUUGGAAGUUCUGAAAUCUAUGAUGUUGUAGAUAAAUUUUCUGAAGUCCUAGACAGCAUCUGUGUUUCGCAAUACAGUACGAAUCUGGUGGAGAGGGCUGUACUUUUUCUGAAGAUGAAGGAAGGUUAUUCAUUCAGUAAGGAACUAGAAAACAGGAUUCGAGAAGUGAUUGGAAAAGAACUGACACCUCGACACAUUCCAGAAGUCAUCCUUGAAGUGGCAGAUAUACCGUACAAUAUAAAUGGAAAGAAAGUGGAAAUUAUUGUGAAGAAAAUUAUCAACAAUAUGCCUUAUAAUCCGGAAAGUGUCAUGAAUGAAGAAUGUUUGAAGAUUUUUCAAAAUAUGUCAGAACUUCAAGGAUUUGUAGAGUAAUGCUUAUUAAAUGAAAUUAUUUUAAUAAAAAGAUAUUUAAAAACA